ACGUUGGUGGUGAACUGUGAUUAGGAUAGCGUUGGAUAUUAUUUUUGUUGAUGUUUUUAAUUUGAGGUUAAGUAGCAUGGAAACAGGAAAAGUAAAGAUUUAAGAGCUGAGGGUAAAUAAAUGAAAACAAACUUCAACAACAGUAUUUCUAAUUACAUAUUAUUCUAAAUAUUCUAUCAAUAUGGAAACAAGUGAUAGCUCAACGCCUGGUUCAUCUAACGCACCUCAACAAACUGGAAAUGAGCAAAUGUUUAUAUCAGUUGUAACUUCGGCAGGAUCAAAGGGAGUUACAGACGCAGAUUUGGAAAAAGCAUUCCCUAACUUGACAGCCGAAAUGAGGGUGACAAUAUUGAAUAAACUGAUUGCCAAAGGCUUCAUAGAUCUAUUCAACUCUGGUGGAAACCUUGUCUACAAAAUCAAAGACAACAGCCAGAUAGUUGAAAAACUCAAAGGAGCUGACAAUGAAGAGAAAGUUGUUUUUAAAAUAAUUGAGGAAGCUGGAAAUAAAGGAAUUUGGAUCAGAGAUAUAAGAUUCAAGUCAAAUUUGAUGCCAACUCAAUUGAACAAGAUUUUGAAACUGCUAGAGGGCAAGAAAAUGAUUAAAGCUGUCAAGUCUGUUGCUGCAAGCAAAAAGAAAGUCUACAUGCUGUUCAAUCUGGAGCCCGACCGGACCCUGACCGGUGGAGCGUGGUACUGUGAUCAGGAUUUCGAAACUGAGUUUGUCGACGUCCUGAACCAGCAGUGCUACCGUUUUCUGCAGGCGAAGAAGGAGAAGACGAUCACCAACAAAGGGGGACCACUUGCUAUACGCAAUGCGUCCUAUGCAUCUGCCAAGGAUGUUUGGAAAUUCAUCACUGAGUUGGGUAUCAGUAAGGUUCAAUUGUCUGAGGAUGAUAUAAAGACAAUUUUGGAUACACUUGUCUUCGAUGGCAAACUGGAAAGAAUCGUUUCACCGGAUGGAGGAUACCUAUUCAGAGCUAUCGAUUCUCUACUGCCGCCUCCUGAUCUUGUGAGAAUGCCUUGUGGUGUUUGUCCGGUAAUCAACAACUGCAGCAUCCCCGGCAAAGUGAACCCUGAAGUGUGUGUGUAUCUUAAUGAUUGGAUGUCGUAAUAAAAGUGAGAACUCAUUUUCAAGUUGAAACUGUUGGAUAUUUUUGUACAGUAGAUACAAUAAAUUAUUAUUGAAGUUUGA